AUGCAACUAUUGGUACUGAUAUAUUCUUUACUUUUACUGAAAACAGAGUUAGUCAAAGGUACUGUAGUUCAUACAUAUGAUCUUGCUACACAAAUACCUUCACGCUUUGUCUGUAUGUUUUCUGUCAGCUGGUUUGGUUUAGAUCGAUCAGAUCCGCAAGGAGCAGGAACAGAUGCUUCUUCAGGUCAUUGGAAUGUUGGUAGUCAAGGUGCAUGUGUUGCUGCAGCUCAACCGGAUCAAUGUGGCUCGGAUGGACAAAGAGAAAUAUCAUCCAAUUAUCGGCCACUUGCCGGUAUUUAUUCAUCUAGUGGGCUAGAUAACGAAAGUCUUGCUCGCAUUGAUCUUAUGUUAACAUUAUUGAUAAAAGAAGGCCAAUGCGAUCAUGGUCAUGCACAAUUAAAUGCAUGGUCUAUUCAACUUGAAUCUAUUCAACUUUCAUCACGAUAUAUAGUAGAUCCAUCGGUUAAUGUUGAAAUUCCUUAUCAAGCAUAUUUAAAUUUUCGUCAACAAUCACAAAUUUUAAAAUUUCCGUCGGGUGUUAUUAUACCUGGUUAUGAUAGUACUUGGUUAUAUUCAUUUUCCAAUUCUUUAGGUUUUGGCCUUUGUGAUAACUCAAACUCGAGUAAUCCUCGUGAUGCUUGUUUAAAUUCAACUAUUGCAGAUUUUAUCGAUAUUAUCUCUGAUAUUUCUCUGAAUUCAAAUUAUCUUAUCAAUGGAAAACCUCUUAUUUUUAUUUAUACAUCUAUAGGAGGAAAUCUACUCACUGCCAAUGAGUGGUCAUAUGUCUGGUCCAAUGUUCGUCAACGUGUUACACUUGAUUUUUAUACAAUUUGUACGACUCCAAGUCUGUUAAGUAUGUUCGAUGGUGUUGCCCCUUGGAUAGAUUUAGUAGCUUGGUCAAUGACAAACAGUGCUCUUCCUUUGUACAAUCGAACAUUGUCAUGGUUAAACUUAGUGUAUGAUCCUAUCCUCUCUUCGAAUAUUUCAUCAGGACGCAUCAUUAUGGGAGGUUUAACUCCUGGUUUUGAUGAUUUUACGCAAUCAUGGGGCGCUUGCCAACCGCGAAAUAUUCCUCGUCAUCCUGAUUUGAUGCGUGCUCAACUGGAUUAUUUUUCGUCAAAUUCUAUUCAACAUUUAUUUAUUUAUACUUGGGACGAUUGGACUGAAGGUAGUCAGUGUGAGCCUGAUGUAACGAAUGGAACACAGAUUUUACUUUUGUUACGACAAUCUAUUACUUCUUUCUAUGGGGCAACACAAAAUACAAAAGGUGAUACAAUGCUAAAUUCCAGAUGGGUAAAUUAUCCUCAAUUGAGAAAUUGUACUGCUAUUAAUGUAACAUCCAUACCUUCCGUCGAUAUGUCAUGUCCAACAACAAAUUGCGCUAAUUAUCUUUAUUCAUAUUCAACAAUGAUCUUAUUGUUAAGUUGUCAAACUAUCUUUAAGAUACCAUAUGGAGCAUGA